AUGGAGCAAAUAUUAUAUAAUCAAAGCCUUAAAAUUUCUACCCUUUCUACUUUUCAAGGUUUAAAGUUUCUAAAGGUCCUCAUUUUUUCUAUUUUCCAACAACUAUUUUAUAACCCAGUUAUACAAUUAUUCGGAACGAAAGCCUCAAUAAUGGAAUCUGAUUCCACUACUCUGCUCGAAAGUAGUUGGAGUACUGAGCGAAACUUUCUCAAUAUGAAUUCAGAUUCCAUAUCUGCUACCAAGAAUGUUUUUAUAUUAUUUUUUACCAUUUUCAGAUUAGCGGAGUAUAUUGUAUACAAACUCUCUGACCAGAAGUAUCGGUUACACACAUCCCUGAAUGUCCAACAUUUCAGGUGGAAUUCGAAGAAGAAUACAAACAGAAAAAGGACACUUUCCUUUAGCAAAGCUUACUUACCAAGAACAAAUAUACUACCGAUUUUUGUAGCCGAUGGACUAAAAAAUAGAUUCUCAGGCCCGCUACCUGGUAAGUCCUUGGAAAGCUUCCAGAAACUAAAUUUAUUGAGCGAUAACAAUAUUAAGCGGUAUGCAGUACCAGGAAACAAAGCAGUGAACACACUUUUAUGGCAAGAGCAAUACUCAUAA